CAAUUCAAAGAUUUAUCAUGAAACCUUCAAGGGUAGCAAUCAUUACAGGCGCUGGUAGUGGAAUUGGAUGUUCUAUUGCUGUAAAGUUUGCCAAACACGGCUAUAGAUUAGUAAUCUUAGGGAGGAGAGUGAACAGAUUAGAAGAAACUGCACAAUUAUGCUACAAAGAAGGCUUACAGAAGGAAGAUAUUCUUAUCCAGUCAUGUGAUGUAUUAAUUGAUAGCCAAAUUGAGGAUGUUUUCAAUAAGACUAUGCAGAAAUUUGAAAGAAUAGACAUCUCGGUUAACAAUGCUGGAUAUGCAAUAGGAAAGCAUUUUAACCAUUCAGAUAUAGAGGAUUUUGAUGCUAUGUAUAGAAUACAUACAAGAGCACCAAUCAAGUUUAUGCAAUUAGCUUAUCCUUUUCUAAAGAAGACUCAAGGAAACAUUAUUAAUAUCACCAGCGGAGCAUCUGAAUUGACUCCUAGAUCAGAUCUCUCUCCUUAUGCGGUUGCUAAAGCAGGAUUGAAUAUAGCAACAGAACUGGCUGCAAAAGGUUAG